AACUUUGACGCAAGCAAGCGGAAGCGCUUCGGAUUCGGAUCGAAUGGCCAACAGGCAGCCAGUGGGCUAAGCUAACCGUGACAAGGAGGUACUGGGAGAGGGACUGACAAAGAAACACACAGAGAUACACCGCGAUCCAGGUUCACGAAUAGAACACUUGUGUGGAAGCGACAUGGCUUCAGGCGGAGACUCCAAAAAUGACGACCUUGCCACCGCAAUCUUAAAACAGAAGAACAGACCCAACAGACUGAUUGUGGAUGAGUCCAUUAAUGAGGACAACAGUGUGGUGUCACUUUCUCAGGCUAAGAUGGAUGAGUUGCAGCUCUUCAGAGGAGACACGGUCCUGCUGAAAGGCAAGAAGAGGAGGGAGACUGUGUGCAUCGUGCUCUCCGAUGAUACCUGCUCCGAUGAGAAAGUGCGCAUGAACAGGGUUGUCCGCAAUAACCUGAGGGUGCGCCUGGGAGAUGUCAUCAGUAUCCAGCCAUGUCCAGAUGUGAAAUAUGGAAAGCGCAUCCAUGUUUUGCCCAUUGAUGACACCGUGGAGGGCAUCACAGGCAACCUGUUUGAGGUUUAUUUGAAGCCAUACUUCCUGGAAGCCUAUAGGCCCAUCAGGAAAGGAGAUAUUUUCCUGGUCAGAGGAGGGAUGCGUGCUGUGGAAUUCAAAGUGGUGGAGACAGACCCCACCCCGUAUUGUAUAGUUGCUCCUGACACAGUCAUCCACUGUGAAGGAGAGCCGAUCAAACGUGAGGAUGAGGAGGAAUCUCUCAAUGAGGUUGGUUAUGAUGACAUUGGAGGUGUGAGAAAGCAGCUGGCCCAGAUAAAGGAGAUGGUGGAGCUCCCACUCAGACACCCUGCUCUCUUCAAGGCAAUUGGUGUAAAGCCUCCACGUGGCAUUUUGCUGUAUGGACCUCCUGGAACUGGAAAGACCCUGAUUGCUCGGGCUGUUGCCAAUGAAACGGGAGCAUUCUUCUUCCUUAUCAAUGGCCCCGAAAUCAUGAGUAAGCUUGCUGGAGAAUCUGAAAGCAAUUUGCGGAAAGCCUUUGAAGAAGCUGAAAAGAAUGCUCCAGCCAUUAUUUUCAUUGAUGAGCUGGAUGCUAUUGCGCCCAAGAGAGAGAAGACCCAUGGAGAGGUUGAGAGGCGUAUUGUUUCUCAGCUGCUGACUCUCAUGGAUGGACUAAAGCAGAGGGCACAUGUCAUUGUCAUGGCAGCUACCAACAGACCAAACAGCAUUGACCCGGCCCUCAGGCGAUUUGGUCGCUUUGACAGGGAAGUGGAUAUUGGGAUUCCUGAUGCCACUGGGCGACUGGAGAUCCUUCAGAUUCACACCAAGAACAUGAAACUGGCUGAUGAUGUGGACCUUGAGCAGGUUGCCAAUGAAACUCAUGGCCAUGUAGGUGCAGAUCUGGCUGCCCUGUGCUCAGAAGCUGCACUGCAGGCCAUCAGAAAGAAGAUGGACCUCAUUGACCUGGAGGAUGAGACCAUUGAUGCUGAAGUCAUGAACUCUUUGGCUGUCACCAUGGAUGACUUUAGGUGGGCUCUGAGCCAGAGCAAUCCUUCGGCCCUGCGUGAGACUGUAGUGGAAGUGCCUAACAUUACUUGGGAGGACAUUGGUGGACUGGAGGACGUGAAGAGAGAACUGCAGGAGCUUGUUCAAUAUCCUGUUGAGCAUCCUGACAAAUUCUUGAAGUUUGGAAUGACUCCCUCUAAGGGAGUGUUGUUCUAUGGUCCACCGGGUUGUGGUAAAACAUUGCUGGCAAAGGCCAUUGCCAAUGAGUGUCAGGCCAACUUCAUCUCCAUCAAAGGCCCAGAGCUGCUCACUAUGUGGUUUGGAGAGUCUGAGGCUAAUGUCCGAGAGAUCUUUGACAAGGCUCGUCAAGCUGCCCCAUGCGUCCUGUUCUUUGAUGAGCUCGACUCCAUCGCUAAGGCCCGAGGAGGGAACAUUGGGGAUGGGGGUGGAGCGGCAGACAGGGUAAUCAACCAGAUCCUCACGGAGAUGGACGGAAUGUCCAGCAAGAAGAACGUCUUCAUCAUUGGCGCCACCAACAGGCCAGACAUCAUUGACCCUGCUAUCCUCCGACCUGGCCGUCUGGACCAACUUAUCUAUAUCCCCUUGCCAGAUGAGAAGUCUCGAAUUGCCAUCCUUAAAGCAAAUCUCAGAAAAUCUCCCAUCUCAAAGGAUGUGGACUUGGAUUUCCUUGCUAAGAUGACCAAUGGCUUUUCUGGAGCUGACUUGACAGAGAUUUGCCAACGGGCCUGCAAGCUCGCCAUCAGAGAGUCUAUUGAAAACGAGAUCAGGAGGGAGCGUGAGCGGCAGAUAAAUCCCUCGGCAAUGGAAGUUGAAGAAGAUGACCCUGUUCCUGAGAUUCGUAAGGACCACUUUGAGGAAGCUAUGCGCUUUGCACGCCGGUCUGUCAGCGACAACGAUAUCCGAAAAUACGAGAUGUUUGCACAGACCUUACAACAAAGCAGAGGGUUUGGAAGCUUCAGAUUCCCCUCCAGUAACCAAAGUGGUGCUGGUCCAAGCCAGGGCUCAGGAGGGACCGGUGGUGGCAGUGUCUUCAACGAGGACAAUGACGAUGACCUCUAUGGUUAAACUCAACUGCACGGUGGACCAAAUCAAUCCAUCCAACCAGCCCAUGUUGUAAAAACAAUUGAUAAAUUCCAAGUUUCUAAGACUAUAUGCUUCUUUGUUCUUUUUUUGGGGGGAAAAAUACCAAAUCUGUCUGCCCACAGCUAUGGGAGAGAGCAUGUAGCUUAUUGUCUUUUUCCUGGUUUAUGAAAGGAAAUUUAUUCCAGAACCUGUUGUUUCAUAAGAGGGGAAACAUGGCUAUGAGAAUGAACUGUCACUAUUGUGGGACUACUGUCCACUUCAUACUUUAUAGCCUUCCAUUUUGAGCCACUGCAAUGGAUAUUCUGCAAGGAAGAACAAAUGGCAUUGGUAAUUGCUUCAUUUUUUAUGAGCGUAGCAUCUACAGUAUGUAUUACACAUUUUAAAAUGUUAUAAACUAAAUAAAAUUCUACAAAAU